UAUUUACAAAAAAUAGUUAACAAAGGGAAAUUUUAAAGCAUAUUAAAAUACUUAUGAAAAAGUUUUGAAAACCGACAACAAAAAAAUACAUAUACACAUAUAUAUAUAUAGCAAAAUAGAAAUAGAAAAAAAAAUCAAAGUAAGAUCCAGAAACUUUAGCAACGAAAGAAAAAACAAAAAAGUUUGCCACUAAAAAGCAAUAAUAGUCAAUUGCAAAAAUCAGAGAAGAGAAAAAAUUAAAUAACCAACGCCAACUCGAACUCGAACUCGAACUCGAGGAGCAGCAAAAGGAACAACAUGGGAAAAAAGAGCUCCAAGUUGAAACAGGAUACCAUUGAUCGCUUAACAACGGAUACAUACUUCACAGAGAAAGAAAUACGUCAAUGGCACAAAGGAUUCCUGAAAGACUGUCCCAAUGGUCUGCUCACAGAGCAGGGCUUCAUCAAAAUCUACAAACAAUUCUUUCCACAAGGCGAUCCAAGUAAAUUCGCUUCGCUGGUCUUUCGUGUCUUCGAUGAGAAUAAUGACGGCUCCAUUGAGUUCGAGGAGUUCAUACGCGCCUUAUCCGUCACAUCGAAGGGCAACCUGGACGAAAAACUGCAAUGGGCCUUCCGUCUCUAUGAUGUGGACAAUGAUGGAUAUAUAACGCGAGAGGAGAUGUAUAACAUAGUGGAUGCAAUCUAUCAGAUGGUGGGACAACAACCGCAAUCGGAGGACGAGAACACGCCACAGAAACGCGUCGACAAGAUCUUCGAUCAAAUGGACAAAAACCACGACGGAAAAUUAACAUUAGAAGAAUUUCGUGAGGGUAGUAAAGCUGAUCCACGUAUAGUUCAGGCGUUAAGUUUAGGUGGUGGUUAAAAACCGAUUAACAAAUGCCCGAUUACCGAUAACAGACCCAAAACAAACAAACAAAAAUAAAGCGCGCAAUAAACCAAAGUCAAAGACAAAUUUUUGAUCCAAAAACUUAAACAAAAAAAAAAAUUAAAAACAAAAAUAAUACUUUGAGGAGAAUAAAAUAUUUCCCUCAAAUUUUCUUGAAAAACUCAACAACUAUCUCUUCUCUCUACGCUUUUCUCGAUUCCCCAGAUUUUCGAUUCUCGAUUCUCCGCGCGUCGAUUGCGACACUGAAGAUGAUAAUAAUUUUUUGAUAUAUGCGAUAACGAUAACGAUAACGAUAACAAGAGUAACGAGUAACUAAAACGAGAAGAAAUAUUUCAAAGAAGAAGAAGAAAACGAAUAUGAGAUUAAUUUUUAAAUAUACACCAGAUUAUAUAAUUAUAUAGGAAAUCGUGGCGUAGUCAGAAGCGCAGUUCAUAGCAAUAAAUGAAAGAAAAAUAAAUUAAUUAUUUAAAUAAAUUAAAAAAAAAAAAACAAAUCGAAAAACAAAUCGAAAUGCGUGAAGCGCAAAUCAAUUUUUGAAACAUACACCAAUUACGAGUAAAAAAAAUCUACGAAUAAAUCAGCAUAAUUAUACUAUACAAUUAAACGAACAAAAAAUGAAAAAAAAACGAAAAAUUACAAUUUAGAGCCGAGAACUAAGCCUACGAAUCAAUUGCGCAGCGCAGCCUUUGGCCCAACUCGAAUCAUCAGCCAACUAUAUAUAUAUCCACACUUGAUAUAUAGUAUAUAAACGAUAUAUAUAUAUAUAGAGAAACAUCAGAGGGGGUCUGUUUUUUUUUUUUCUACGGGGAGGGACUAGCUGGUCUCUAAGGACUUUCAUGACAAGUCUUUCUCAGUUUCCAGGUCCCAAGUUGAGUUUUCCUUUAUUGCCUUAUAGCCAUGAAACGCAGCUUUCAUCUUCUGUAAAGCUGGAAACAUAUUUGCUUAUUGAUUUGUCCUUCUUUUUUUUGUAUCUAAAAUCUAAGUCUAGCUCUCCAGUCUCUUUCUAAGCUUCUAUUGCUCUCUCUCUCUCUAUAUAUACUAUAUUCUAUAUAUCUCUCUCUCUUUGUCUAUCUCUAUCUAUCUCUGUCUCAGUUUAUCUGUAUUUCCUGCUUUGCCUUGUUUUGCGUUAAGCGUUCUAACAACAACAACAAAACAAUUACAAAAUUAAACAAAAAAACAACACGAACAAACAUUUAUGCGAUAUAUAUCGAUAGGCAGAGCAGAGCAGGAUUCCAAGGAUAACGAGAAGGAUAAUUUUGAUUGUUUUUUUUUUUCAAACAAAAACAACAGCAGUGCCCCCCCAGUUAUAGCUGCGGAAUAAAGUCGCUAAUAAAUAAAAAAAAAAAAAAA